AGUCACUAUAGAGUACUGAGAAAAAGGUUUGCUGAAAUUAGAGAUCAAACAGCAGCUCUGAGGGUCAGAAGUUCCCAGUGAAAUGCUGCUUCUGCCACUUCUAUUGCUAGCAGUUAUCGUCCCAGGUGGUGACAAUGAGGAUGCCUUCCAGGGGCCAACCUCUUACCAUGUUAUCCAGAUUUUGACCUUUGCCAACAGCACCUGGGUACAACGUCAAGCCUCAGGCUGGUUGGAUGAUUUUCAGAUUCAUGGCUGGGACAGUGACUCGGGCACUGCCAUUUUCCUGAAGCCCUGGUCCAAGGGCAACUUCAGUGAUGAGGAGCUUAUUGAGUUGGAGGACCUAUUCCAAGCCUACUUCAUUGGAUUCACCAAGGAAGUGCAGGACUAUGUCAGUAAAGUCCAGAUUGAAUACCCCUUUGUGAUCCAGUGCACAGGAGGCUGUGAGUUGCGUUCUGGGAAGUCCACAGGAAGCUUUUUGAGGGGAGCUUUAGGAGGACUGGAUUUCGCGAGCAUUAAGAAUCAUUCAUGUGCACCUGCCCCAGAGGGCGGCAGCAGGGCGCAGCAGUUCUGUGCACUCUUCUCUCAGUACAAAGGCAUCUGGGGUAUCAUAGAGACGCUCCUCUCAGAAACCUGCCCUCGGUUUCUCCUUGGUGUCCUCGAUGCAGGGAAGGCCGAACUACAGAGGCAAGUGAAGCUCGAGGUCUGGCUGUCCAGUGACCCCAGUCCUGGGCCUGGCCGUCUGUUGCUGGUAUGCCAUGUCUCAGGAUUCUACCCGAAACCUGUGUGGGUGAUGUGGAUGAGGGGCGAGCAGAAGCAGUCUGGCACUCAGCAAGGUGAUACUGUGCCCAAUGCUGAUGGGACAUGGUAUCUCCGAGUAACCCUGGAUGUGACGGCUGGGGAGGAGACUGGCCUGAGUUGCCGAGUGAAGCACAGCAGUCUAGGAGACCAGGACAUCAUCGUCUACUGGGGUCACCCCACCUCCGUCAGCUUGAUAUUUUUGGCAAUAUUAGUGCCCUCCUUGGUCCUUUUGAUAUGUCUUGCAUUAUGGUUUUCGAGGCGCUGGUCCUUUCAGAAUAUCUCAUGAGCCCUCACCAUGUCUCCAUUUCCAUUUGGGAUCAGUAACCAGGAGUCCAGAAACUCUGUCAGCCCAGGAGUCAAUCUCAUCGUAUUUCAUCAAAUAAUCAUCAGAUUUGGACAAAUCAGAGUGCCCAUAGUUUGUAAGAUAAAUCACAGUUUAUACACUAGCAGAAAAAUAAUUAAAAAUCGUUAUUAUGAGACAAUAUCAAUAGUAGGAUCCACUCAGAUUUCAUAGAUGUGAGGUGAGAAAGAAUAUACCUCGGAAUAAGUGAAAUGAUGUCCAUGACUUAACAGUGACAUCCCUUUGGCUUCUUAUUUGAACUCUUUUGUUGUGAUUCUGCUGAAAUAUCGUUUGUUAAAGUGAGCUAACUAUAAUUAUGCUGAGAUAAUUGUAUUUGCAGAGAUGCUGAACUAUUUUAACAUAGUAUCUCUGUCUCUGCUUGGAUGAUUUUCUAACCAUGAGGGCCAGCUGAGCAGCUUCUUUCUCCAGGAAGCCUUCUUUAAUGCUACAGUGAAAGUAACCCUCCCUUGUGUGCUGUCAUGCUGAGAUCCUCAUUACUCUGUACCCACAACAUUGCAGUUCUUUUUGUUUUUCUUUUCUUUCUACUUAUAAGUUCCUUGAGAGAAAGGUUUGCUCUAGAUGGAUCCCAGGCAAGAUCUCUCACUUGCAUAUGUGUUUGUUUAAUAAAAUAAUCUAAGUUGCUAUAA